AUGUGUUUCGUUUUGUGAGGAAUAACAUUUUUAAUAUGGGAUCUGAAAGAAACUCAAGUUCGUCAGAUUUGUGCUCCGAAAAAAUAAGACUCAAUUUUCAACGUCGAUGUGAUUAUAAAUGGAGAAAAUUAGAUUUGCAAAAAAUUUUUUCAGUUACUGAAUUGGCAAAUUUAUGGAAUGAACUUGUCAGAGAAAAAGAGAUUGUAUUUCCUAACACAGAAUUUCCCAGGAGAGCUGAUGCUUGUAAUAAUCCUGGUAUAUGUUUUUGCUGGCUUUGUAAAGUUAUAGAAAUGCAGCAACAGGAUGAAUCAAAGCAAACCAAAACAGAGGAAGAAGAAUUAGAUAGAAUAGAAGUAGAAGCUUGUUUAAAAGCUUGCAUCAAGACUUGGAGUUUGGAUUUUGAUAUUGGUAAAAACAUAGAUAGUUGAAAUUUAAGUUCUUGAAAUUUUAUGUACAUUCUUCUGACCAGGGGUGGACUGGGUCCCGCAAGAGAGCGGCAACCUUGGCCUCCAAAGGGUUCAAAAAAAAAAAAAAAAAAAAAAGUGCAAAAAAGAAAAGAAAGAAUGAAAGAAAAGAAAGAACGAUGAUACACAGGUUUAUUGGUUUAAAGAAAAGAAAAAAGCGAGAAGUGGAAACAGUCACACAGGUUUGUUAACCAAAAAAAAAAUAAAAUAAAUAAAUAAAUAAAAUAAAAUAAUAUGGAAGUUGCACCAAAAAAAUAAAAAUAAUCAAAAAACAAUUUUUUUUAAUAAUAAAAAAUGGUGUUCAGACUUGAGGGCGCAUCUGCUGGUAGCCCAGUCCACCUCUGCUUCUGACUCCAAAGAAAUUUGUAGUUCAUGUUUUAACUGAUGUAGAAUACUUGUAUAAAAUCUGCCCCUUCAACAUAUAGGAGUAAGGUCUUUUUUAAUUAGUAACAAGAUGUAAAAAAGCUCAGAAAAUCCAUUUCGUGUGUGUCAGUUCUUUAUUGUUUUUGUAUGCAAGACCAGUUUUAAGUCAUUCUAGUGUAUAUGAGCAAUAUAUAUAUAUUUUAAUUUUAUUUUUAGCAGUAGCACUUGAACAUAGGAAUUCAUUGACAAGAGUGCACAUAGGUAGAGCACUCGGCACACAUGAAGAGAAAGUACAAUAUAAAAAUGGAACAAAGUAUACUAUAAAAAUGUAAACUGUAACAAGUAAAAA